UUUGACUGUAUCGCAGGGUUACGACGUUUCUGCCGUUUUCGAGGAUCCUAAUCCUCGAAAUAAGUGCCGAGUAUUGACAAGUGCAGCUUUUGUAGCAAUUGACCGAAGAUGUCUCGGGGCGGAUUCGGUUCUCAAAACUAUCCAACGUAUGGAGCAGUCGGCGAUGAAGCGGAACCUUCGGUCGGUUUCCGCUCUGGAAGUGGAACUUCUCGUUCUCGAUCAGGUGCUCCACAAGUUUCCCCUGAAUUUCACGGCCUUAGUGAAGACAUUACAUCAAACAUCUUCAUCAUAACGAAUGGGAUCACGACCCUGGAGAGAGCUAAGCGGAGUUUGGGUACCUUGAAGGAUACGCAAGGGCUUAGAGACCAAAUUCAUUUGACGCAGAUGAGCACGAACCAGGUGAUCAAUCAAACUACGAAGGACCUCGUUCGUCUUGCGUCACUCGUGCAGCGUGGAGAGAAGAUGCAGAAGAUAAAAAUGGAAAAGUUAGGCAAGGAAUUCAAAGCCUCCGUUGAAAAAUAUACUACCCUUCAGAAGGAAAUCGCUUCGGCCUUACGACGAACGCUUCAGAGCGUGACUUUGGCUGACGAUGAGAUGACGAGUGAUGAUCGUGCAUUACUCAUGGAGAAGAAGCGAGAUCAAAUUCUAGCCCAGAAAAAGGUAAUCGCGGAAGAAGAAUUUGACCGAGAUAUGCUGUUGGAAAGAGAAACGAGGGUCAAGCAAAUUGAAUCAGACAUGCUCGACUUGAAUCAGAUCAUGAGGGAACUCUCAGCAAUGGUGGUGGACCAAGGGGAAGUUAUUGAUACUGUCGAAAGCAAUGUUGAGCGUGCUUAUGAUAACGUUGAGCGAGGAGCAAGUCAACUUCUUCAAGCGUCGACAUACCAAUCAAAAUACCGGAAGAAAAUUUGUGGCCUUUGCUCAGUCCUCGCCCUCAUCGCCAUCAUCAUCAUUGUGAUUAUCGUGAUCAACGAGUCCUCGAAGUAA